AUGGGUUUCAGGUUCCCUGUGAAAACAAAACUUCCUCCCGGAUUCAUUAAUGCACGAGUGCUGAAAGAUAGCUUCAAAAGACAGCAGGCAGCAGAUCAUGAAGUGACGGUUACGGCGCUAAAAUACAUUGCCAGAAACACGGCUUUACCUACGCGGGCGCGCAUGGAGGCCCAGCUGCAGCUAGCGGUGAUGCCAAACUACACACGCAUGACACAGGUUAGAAAUAGGUGUAUUGCCACCGGACAUGCCAGAUCUGUCAUCACCGAUUUCCGCCUUUGUAGGACGCAGUUCAGAGAGAAAGCGAAAAACGGAGAGCUACCUGGGGUGAAGAAAGGUGUAUGGUGA